AACAAAACGAAAAGGAAAUCACAAACGCAACGAAGGUGAACUGCUAUCACAAACCAACCAACCAACCAUGAAGAUGCAGUGGACGUCCGUGUGGGGCUUCGUGCGCCGCAAUCUGCUGACCACCCUGACAAUACUCGGUGUGGUCGUGGGAAUAGCGCUUGGAAUGGGCUUGCGUGCCGUACCGGACGAGGGAGACAGUUGGUCCCAGCGGGACGUUUCCUACAUCAAUUACGUUGGUGAUCUGUUCCUGAGGACGCUGAAAGCUCUUAUUCUUCCGCUGAUCGUAUCGUCACUGAUUGCUGCCGUAGGAUCGCUGGAUCUUUCACUCUCGAAAAAGAUUGGUGGCCGAGCAGUUCUGUACUACCUUGCGACCACUGUCCUCGCAGUAAUACUGGGCAUUGUGCUCGUUGUGACGAUAAAGCCCGGAUCGGAUCGUGAAGGUGGAGAAGUUGAAUCGGACGCUAUACAGUCGCGUAAUGUCACCACCGUCGAUACGUUGCUCGAUCUGGUGCGCAACAUGUUCCCGCCAAAUCUCGUGCAGGCCUGCACACAACAGUACCAAACGGUUCUCAAACCACCAGCAUCGAAUCCAGCCGAAAGCGAUAUCUACCGAUGGACGAUUACCGGCGUGUACGCGGACGGUAUGAACAUUCUCGGACUGGUGGUAGCGUCGAUCGUGUUCGGUGUGGCGCUCGGCGCAACCAAGCGCGAGAAUGCACUGGUGCUCCAAUUUUUCCAACAACUGUCCCACAUCGUGAUGAAGGUCACCGGUUGGGUGAUUUGGCUGUCGCCGGUCGGUGUGACCUUUUUGAUUGCGGCUAAAAUUUUGGAAAUUGAAGACCUUGGCGAUGUGUUCGGUAAGCUUGGACUAUACUUUGCGGUCGUUGCUGGUGGUAUUCUGUUCCACGGGUUCGUCGUGCUGUCGCUGCUGUUCUUUUUGUUCACGCGCAAAAAUCCGCUCCGAUUUAUUGCCAACAUGGGACAGGCACUUGCCACCGCGUUCGGUACCUCGUCCAGCUCAGCCACGCUGCCCGUUACGAUGCAGUGUUUGGAGGAGAAGAAUCAUAUUGAUCCAAGGGUGUCGCGGUUUGUGCUACCGAUCGGUGCCACGAUCAAUAUGGACGGUACGGCACUGUAUGAAGCGGUGGCUGCCAUUUUCAUCGCUCAGCUGCGUGGACUAUCGCUCUCCUUCGGUAAUGUGUUGGCGAUCAGUAUAACGGCCACGGCAGCUAGUAUUGGAGCUGCAGGAAUUCCUCAGGCUGGCCUUGUGACGCUCGUUAUGGUGCUGGACACCGUGGGUCUACCGGCCGAAGACGUUUCCCUCAUCAUUGCUGUCGAUUGGCUUCUCGAUCGCUUCCGAACACUAGUCAACGUGCUCGGUGACAGUUUUGGUGCGGCCAUCGUGUACCACUACAGCAAGGCAGAAUUGCAAAACACGAAAAACGCAGAGUCAGGACUCACAGCUACGACGCAACUGCACCCAGAUACGGACCCUGAGCUGGCAUUUCACACCGACACGAUACUAGCCAACGGAGAUGAGCGCAUUAUCGACAAGAACAGUCGAUUGUAG